CUUUCACGAUAGAAGACAUUUCAUCGGAUUAGUUAUUUCCCACAACUCCUCGUUAAUGUAUGCUCUUACAUAAAAUGUUCAGCGAUGUAUGAAUUUCAUUUGUGGAAUUCAUAACUGCACAAUCAAGGCAAACGAUUUGUACGUUCGACUAUAUGCCCUCCUCGCUGGCACGCACCACCAGAAUAUCGCUUAAUAUCGUGACGUGUACAGUCGAUGUAGACAAUCUCUUAAAUGUUAUCGAUAAAUGUAUCUGCAGUCGGGCUCCAAGCCACGUGAUGCUUGCCGGUGGGGCACGGCACGGAGUUGCUAUGGAGAUACGAAUUGGUCUGAUGCAGAGCUCGAGCUUGUCUGCUACACUGCAACACACAACCAGUACAAGUUGAAAGGAAAACGUUUUAGCAAACCUCGUUCUCCAAAUCAGUAUGGACGAGACGAGGAACGGGACGAUGAAGCACUUCUCCGCACCUGUAAGCAGAGACAGGGUCAUCUGCAAGUUCCCAAAGUGUCACAACCCACAGGCUUGUUUACAGAAGAAGGACGACUGGAAUGCAGAGGCCAAGGUUUCUUUUAAAGACAGAGAUGAAAGGCACCAUGGAUGGGACAGGCUGAAGAUGUCGAAAGCGGUAGUUGUGGGCGACCUGAAUGUAGGCAAGACCUGCCUCAUCAAUAGGUUCUGCAAAGAUGCGUUUGACCGGGAUUACAAAGCAACCAUCGGGGUGGACUUUGAAAUCGAGAGGUUUGAGCUCUGUGGAGUUCCAUUCUCGCUCCAGAUCUGGGACACAGCGGGCCAGGAGAAAUUUAAAUGCAUUGCUUCUGCCUACUACAGAGGUGCUCAGGUGAUCGUCACUGUCUUCGACAUGGCAGACAUCAAGACCCUAGAGCACACACGACAGUGGCUGGAGGAAGCCCUGAGAGAAAACGAGCCAGGUUCCUGUUUUGUCUUCCUGGUUGGAACAAAGAGUGACCUACUGUCCCCAGAGGAAUGCCACAGGACAGAGAAAGAUGCUCUCAGAAUAGCGACUGAGAUGAACGCUGAAUUUUGGUCGGUUUCUGCCAAAACAGGUGACAAUGUGCAGGAGUUCUUCUUUAGAGUGGCUGCCUUGGCCUUUGAGGACUCCAUACUAAAGGACCUGGAGAAAGGGAUCACCCCUAACAGCAUUGGAAGGGGAAACCGUAUCGGCUCAGACAGAGCCAACCUGGAAGAGGCCCAGUCGAAAGACGAAAAGAAAAACUGCUGCUGAAAACAUCUAGCCGUGGAUGAGGUGCUGAGAAAACCGUCUAGAGGAAGGAUAAGGAUGAGAAAACAUGUAUUUGAACUGUACUGAAGAGGUGGAGGGUUCAUGUGAUGACACUUCAUUCUCUUUCUGGUUUCCAUUUUAGUCCUCCUUGGUUUUCUUACCUGGACGCUCUACUGCAGCUACUGCCAUGUAUUUUAUGAUUUCAAUGUUUUUAUUUGACUCUGUUUUGUCAUUAAUUGUAUUAUGCAUUAUAUAUAAGUAUUUAAUAAAUGUACAGUGUUUUAGAUUGGU